AAAUGGGUCUCCCAAGGACAUUCUUACAAAGAAGAGUGUUAGAAAAAAUUGUCCCCACAGUAGCAUAGACAGUAACAUUUUCUCCUGAGAGGCUGAGACCGAAGGAUCAACAUCAAACUUAUUAAAUGAGAAUAGCAAACAUUUCAGGACAAAAAUAAUUAAUGUUGAUGUUGACAGUAAAUUAUCUAAUUUUUAAACUAGAGAACAGAUUCAACAGAGCCAUGUUAAUCAUAAGAAGUAUCUUGGACACCAUUGAAUUUCUGAUUUUAUUUUGCUAUUACAGUUUGGAGGCAUUCAUUUUGAUGUUUUUCUGUAUUCAAAAAAAUGUUGCUGGGAAAAUAGUGCUUGUCACAGGAUCUGCAAAUGGAAUUGGAAGAGAGGUUUCCAUAAAUUUGGCACGUCUUGGCUCCAUCCUCAUUCUCUGGGAUAUUGAUGAAGAAGGUAACAUUGAAACAGCAGAACUUACCAAAGCCAAUGGGGCUCUAGCCGUCUAUCCCUACAAGUGUGACCUGCGCAAAAGAGAAGAAAUCUACACAGUGGCAGAACAGGUUAAAAAGGAAGUGGGUGAUGUAGAAAUCCUAAUCAACAAUGCAGGUGUCCUGAAAGGAAAGACUUUCCUUGAUCUUCCUGACUCAGAUAUGGAAGAAACAUUUGAAGUGAACACUACUGCUCAUUUCUGGACUUGCAAAGCCUUUCUUCCAGCUAUGAUUGCCAACAACGAAGGUCAUUUGGUUUCUAUUGUAAGUUUAACAGCACUAGCAGGGGGCAAUAAACUAACAGAUUACACUGCAAGUAAAGGUGCUGCAUUUGGAUUUUUGGAAUCUCUUGCUUUUGAAAUGAGAGCUGCAGGAAAGAAAGGCAUUAAAACCACCAUUGUCUGUCCUUAUUAUGUGGACACAGAAUUAGUUACAGGGGUAAUAACAACCCGGCCAUUUCUACUUCCUAUCUUGGAUGUAGGCUAUGUUGGAAAGAAGAUUGUAGAUGGUAUUCUGAAAGAGAAACUUUAUGUUGUUGUGCCAGCAUAUGCCCGGACCAUUCUUCUUAAAAUAUUUCUUCCUGCGAAAGUGGUUUUCCUUAUUGCAGAAUAUUUUGGUUUCUUCAAUAAUCUAGAUCACUUCAAAGGUGAAAUUCAAAGAGGACAAGCCAGAAAGGACUCAAUGGGAAUGCUUCCUAUUGACAACUGUUCUUCAUCUGGCAUGUUCAAAAGGUACAUUUGUGGUGUCAUUUCGAAGUUCAUAUGUAGCAUCUUUUCGAGAUUUCCGCCUACAAAAACACCUCCUUUUAGAGUUUUUGAUACUUUUCGGGAAUUUAAAUCACUUCAAAGGCCAUAUUACAAGAGGACUGAAAACAAAGGACUAAAAUUCUGUACUGUAUUGUAAAUGAGACAUCUUCUUCUUGGUAACUGGUGGACUUCAUACCUAAGUGAUCUUCUGUUUCAUAUAUUUCUACUAGUUUUGUCUUUCACUUAUCCUAUAGAUACAUAAACUUCAAAUUUUAGAUACUAUAUUAAAACUAGUAAAAUUGUGCUGUUGGUGGCCUUUGUCUUCAUACCACUGUAUGCAUAGCAAAAUAUAUCAUUCAGAGGAAGUUUCCCAGUCCCUGGACAAAUGACUUCUAUGUACAUCAGUUUGUGCUAGAUUCACUCCAUGUUAGUUUUCCCCACCAAUGAAAGACUGUGAAAUUAUUUUUGUAGUAAGCAUAUUAUUUGGAGGAGGAGACCUCUAUUCAGCAUCUCAAUCAUGACAAAUGACAUCCUCCUUCAGGUAAACACUGAAGUUGUGGAAAAGGUAUAAGAGUUAAAAUACAAUUAAGCUAUCAAAAGAUUAGAAGAAACAUUAAAGCAUGUUCACCAAGAAACAAAAAAUACAUAUAAUUAAUAGCUCUUACCCCAUACCAGUUCCCAAAGGUCUGUUAAAAAUGAAAUGCCUUCAUUAGCCACUUCAUCACACAUUUACCUCUUUGAACCACUUUGGGAAUAGGGCCUGCUGCCAUCAAUGAUGCUCAGAAGGACCCACCCCAUUUACUCUCCAAGUGCCGAGGAAGCAUUGCAAGCUGCUUCCUCAGCAACUACAGAAAAGUAAGUGGGUUUUGGGUAGCUUCACUUGAGCUACCUGCAUUUUUUGACCUUUUUCCCCAUG